AUGGCAAUAACUGCGUUGCCAUUGGACUGUUGGUUAAAAGAACGCUUAAAGAACUGGGUGCAGCUAUCGGGACAUGAAGGAACAAUCGUACCAGCCAGCGACCAAACCUUAUGGAAGAGGAAAGCGUGCAAUGACUAUACAGAAGCACGUGCCUAUCGAUGCUUGAUGCAAGAUCCAUUGAUGAGCGCAUUCGUACCUCGUUUCUACAAAGAAAUCGACUAUAAGAACGACUCGUUCAUCGAAAUUCAAGACUUAACCGCACAAUUCACCAAUCCAGCUAUAAUGGAUAUUAAAAUGGGUACGAGGACCUUCUCAGAAUGUGAUGUUCAGAAUCAAGCGAAACGAUCAGAUUUAUACCAGAAGAUGAUCUCUCAAAAUCCUUCUGAACCGAGUGAUGAAGAAAGAAGAGAAAUGGCUAUUACUAAAUUACGAUAUAUGCAGUUCCGAGAGAACGAAUCCUCCACUGCUUCUUUAGGUUUUCGAAUCGAGGCUGCCAAGAUGCCUGGUGGUGUGCUCAAGAAAAGCUUCAAGAAGGUGAAGACUCGCGAUGAGAUAUCGACAACAUUACGUGCAUUCUUCGGAAAUCGCGGUGAUCACGUUCGGAAGCAGUUUUUGGUGAGACUCAAGAAGAUGAGGGAUUGCGCUCAGCGAUCUUACUUCUUCAAACACCACGAGGUGGUUGGUAGCUCAUUAUUAUUAGUGUAUGAUAAUGCACUUGCAAACAUUUGGAUGAUUGAUUUCGCAAAAUCAAUAUCAAUUGAUGAUCGUAUAGUUGAUCAUCGAACUGAGUGGACUCCCGGCAAUCAUGAGGAUGGUUAUUUUAUUGGCCUCGAUAAUCUUAUUCAGAUUCUUGAAGAGAUGGCACCACGAUAA